AUGCGUCCCGCGUCGCGCGAUGCAGUUUCGCAACGGAUCUGGCCGUCGUGGAUCCGCUUUGCCGUCGUCAGCAUCGUGCUGAUGUGGCAGUUGGGAGAGAGUGGCGUGGCAGCGGACGUGAUUGGAUGCGGAGGUUUUGUCCAGGCCAGCAGGCAGCUCGCGUCGCUGCGUGCAGACUCCGAUGCCUCGCUCGACUACUCACGCCUUGUGGUGGAGCUGCGCACGCAGGAGGGCAUGGUGAAGGAGCAAGCGCACUGUGCGCCCAACGGCUAUUAUUUCCUGCCGGUCUAUACCCAGGGAACGUUCGAGCUGGCAGUGAGAGGUCCCCCUGGGUGGUCGUUCGAACCGGAAAGCGUGUCGGUGACGGUUGAUGGGGAGGCGUGCAAUGGCAACAGGGAUGUCAACUUCCACCACAAGGGCUUCGGAUUGGCUGGAAAGGUGCUCGGUCCCGAGAGCCCCUCCUGUGCCGCCCAGGCCAAGGGCCCUGCGGGCGUGACUGUGACUGUAACGAGGGCUGGCAGUGAGGGGGGAGAGAGCAAGGGGGCGGCAGAGGUGGUGGCGACUGCAGUGACAGAUGGAACCGGGGGUUUCCGCUUCUCCGACCUGCUUGUUGGCACCUACACCCUCUCCGCCUCUCACCCCACGUGGCCCAUCAAGCUGCUCGGCAAUCCCAAGGUGGACCUGGGCUGGGGCAGCAUGGAGCUUCUGGAUCUCUUCCAAGUGGCGGGAUACAGCCUGUCAGGCUCGGUUGAGGCACAGAAUAACCCAGUCCCAGGAGUGCAGAUCUUCCUUUUCUCCGACUCCGUUCAAAAGAUUCCCACCUGCCCGGCCGGCCCGGGCAGCUCUCCGUUGCCCGGAAAAACUCCGCUCUGCCACACCACCACGGGAGCGGACGGGCGGUUCUCGUUCCGCGAGCUGCCAUGUGGCGCGUUCUCAUUAGUCCCCCAGUACAAGGGCGAGGCAACGGUGUUUGAGAUGGCACCCAAGGAGAUGACAGUGGCGGUGGGGCAUGCUGAUGCUGCUACAGCAGAGCCGUUCCAGGUCCGCGGGUUCUCUGUAUCUGGACGCGUGGAGGACAGUGCAGGGGAGGGCGUGGAGGGAGCAACAGUGCUGCUCAACGGCCAGCCACGCGCCGUCACAGACGCCCAGGGUCAGUACAGCCUGCACCAGAUAACAUCAGGCCAGUACGCCCUGUCCGCCUCCAAGCCGCGCUACGCCUUCACGCCCCUCCCCUCCCUCUCCAUCGUCCCCUCCGCCUCCCUCCUGCCCCCUCUCCGCGCCUCGCACUACGAGCUGUGUGUCGCCACACUAUUGGACGACGGGUCGGCGUUCCAAGCGGGCGGCAGACAGGUGGCGCUGACUGGACGGGGAGGGGAGGAGGUGGCGCCUCAGGCGAAGAAGACGGAUGCUGAUGGGAGAGUGUGCUUUAUGGUCCCUCCAGGCACCUAUCAGCUCGCCCCACACGUCCUACCGGCUGAGGCAGCAGCAGGGCUGGCCUUCGCCCCUGCCCUCGCCACCGUUACAGUCACAUCCAAGCCUGUCACAGGAGUCUCCUUCAACCAAUCGCAUCUCUCCGUUUCCGGCCGCGUGAUCUGCAUCGACGGCUGCGAUCGCUCCGUCCGAGUCUCCCUCGCUAGCAUCGGACCAUUGACGGGAUCUGCUGAUUCUGCUGCUGCUGCCGCUGCUGCUGCCGGCGCUGCUUCUCGAUCGGUUUUCUUGAAGGAGAAAGAUGGGUCGUUUCUGUUUGAGAAAGUGGUACCUGGGAAAUACAGAAUCGAGGCAUCCAAGCAGGUGAUUCAGGGGAGUGACAUGGCGGGCGACGAGUGGUGCUGGAAGACACAGUCCGCUGAUGUGGCGGUCUCCGAUUCGUCCGUGGUGGGCGUGGCGCUGGAGCAGAGUGGAUGGAGGGUGGAGAUUGACGCAGCGAUGGAGGAUACAGUCAGCAUGGUGCACGGGGAGACGGCCCUGCCUGCUGUCAAGCUCAAGAAGGGGCUGCAGCACGUGUGUGUGGCAGCCAGUGGCAGCUACAGCCUGCGCUUCCCUGACUCGUGCGUCAUGUACGGCGAGGAGGGUGUUUACUACCACACGCAGGAGGUGAAGGUGAUUCGUCUGCGCCCAUCAGCCUACAGGGUCUCAGGGCUAGUCCGAGUGAACGCCUCCCUCUUCCCCUCUGCAGCCUCCGUCGCCCCCCACGCCUCUGCCCGCCUCUUCAACCCCACCAACGGCUCCCUGCUCUCCCACACGCCUCUCUCCCUCGUCUCUGCCCCCAAUGCCACACACCCGGUGGCGGUGUAUGCGCAAGAGCAUUGGGUGGCAGGAGGGGGAGAGCUGCUGCUGGGGUGGUAUCACGAUGGAGGGGUGGGAGAUGAUGGAUCGACCCUGGAUGAUGUUGCUGAUGCCCUCAAAAGCGCUCACAUUUCUACAUUGGAGCGUGAGGUGCCCCCGCCAAAGGCAGAUGCCUCGCCGGUCUUCCCGCCUCCCAGGCGCCUGCUCUUCUACCCGCGCUCUCUCAAGGUGCAAGUGGCUCCCCUGCAGUGUCCCCCUCUCCUGCCUACCGUCGACGCUCGCCCCGGCCUUUACCUCACAGGCUGGGUGUUCCCCCCUCUGCCACGUGUCAAUGUGUCAGUGGUCGCUGAUGCUGACAGUGCGAACGCGGGAUGGCAGAAGGGGCAGAUGGUGAUGUGGGCUGAGACUGUGGGGCGGGUGAGGGGGGUGGAAGGGGAGGGGAGUGCGGAGGGGAGCGCGGAGGGGAGUGGGGAGAGGAGGCAGCAUGGAGGGGUGGAAGGGGAGAUGUUUGUGGUGGGGCCGUUGAACGACGACGCCACUUACCAUGUGGAGCUGCAAAAGACUGGCUACGUUUUCAAGGCGCUAGGAGACAACUCGUUUGAAGCACAAAAGCUCGCUUCAAUCACCGUCAAAAUCGCCAUGUCAGCAGAAAUUUCCACGGCCAAUGAGCCGCUGCCAUCUGUCCUCCUCUCACUCACCGGAGACGCCAGCUUUAGGCGCAAUGAGGCGACAUCACCCGGGCAAAAUGUUUUCGCAUUCGAGGGUUUGUUUCCGGGCAGCUACUACCUUCGGCCGGUGCUGAAGGAGUAUGAGUUUUCGCCGGCUGCCCGCCCAAUCAAUUUGCAGUCCGGGCAGGAGGUGGACGUGGCGUUCACUGCAAAGAGAGUUGCCUUCAGUGUGCUGGGUUCGGUGCAUUCUUUGUCAGGAGCGCCACAGGCAGGCGUGCAGGUGGAGGCGAGGGAGGUGGUAUCUGGGGGAGGCGGAUCACAGUCAUCUCACUACGAGAUGGCUGUCACAAACGAGGAUGGGGAGUACAGGCUGAGAGGACUGCGGCCGGGUGGGUCUUAUCUGGUGGAGGUGGCAGUGAGGGCAGGUGCUGCUAAGGACUCCACCUCGCUCCCUCGAUUCGAGCGUGCAUCACCGAACGAGGCUCUGCUGACAAUCACAGGCGAUGUCCCGAACGUCAACUUUGUGGUCUUCAACUCGCCCCCGGGUGUGACUAUAACGGGGGCAGUGAGCGGCAGAGACACAGCCAAGUGGUUGCCGAACCUCUUUGUCGAUCUCUUCCCGAGCGUGACUGUACCCGCAAGUGACAAUAACGAGGGGACUGGUACGAGCAGCAGCAGCAGCAGCACCAAUGGCGCGGCAGCAGGAGCAGAUGGAAGCUUCGAGGAAGCUUCCACUCUCCUCGUCUUCUCUUCCACUCCCAUUCGCUCCAUCCCCAUCCCGCUCUCGCGAUUCUUCGAGUUUCGCGACCUGCCCAGGGGCAUGUACCUCGUGAAACUGCGUCUCGGGCUGCCCGGAAAAUCUCACGUGUUUGAGAGCGAGGGCAGGGAGGUGGAUGUGAGGGAGGCGGUAACAGCUCAUGCGGGGACGCUGCGUUUCCGGGCCGAGGAGCGUAGAUCAAAUGAGGACCUUGCACCAACCCCCCUUCUCCCAGUGCUGCUUGCAAUUGCAGUCAUCUCGGUUGUUGCAUCUCUGCCCAAGCUGCAGCAAUUGGCUGCAGGAGUGGCAGCCACUGGGGGUACGACACCUGGCUCAGCAGCUGGCGACAGCUCAGCAGCACCAGGCGCUGCUGGUGGGUGGGGGGCCUCCGGCGCAGAUUCCCGUGGGAAGAAUGAGGCAGGAGCGCAGCAGAUCAGCUUCUCGGCCACGUGUCAACGCAGAGCGCAGCGCCAGGCAGUCACACCAACGGCCAGUCUCCCCCGCAACCCCGCGUUCCGAGCUUCCGCCGCUCCUCCCUCGGCGCAUCCCUCCGCUUUCCUAGGCCAGCAGGACUCCCUCCGCUUGCGCAAGGCCUCCCCUUCCGCCGUCUCCCCAUCCGCGCCCCGCCGGCGCGUCUCCCCCGUGAGAGCCGCGGAUGGCGACAGCGACGUCCCCGCGUUCAAGGGCUUUCCGCCGAUGCAGACGCGGCCCGCGUGGUACUGGCGAAUCGCAGCCGUCGUUCCGUACCUGCUGCCGCUCUGCGAGGCGUGGAUCUACAGCGAAACGGCUCAAUCGCUCUUCCAUUUCCUCUUCACAUACGAGCAGCUGUGCCAGCCGUUCCUGAUGCUGCUGGGUCUGCUCCCUUCCUGGUUCAUGCUUGCGUACUUCUUCGGAGCGUACCUUGGGGUUGUCAGGAACAAUCGCUGGCCGCAUUUCCUGCGGUUCCACGUGGUCACGGGGAUGCUUCUGGAGAUUAUUCUCCAGGUUGUUGGGACGCUGAAUGAUUGGAUUCCCAAGUCGAUUUACUGGGGGAAGAUCGGCGCGCACUUUUGGCUCGCUAUUGCGGUCGCGUUUAUCUUUAUCGUGCUCGAGUGCAUCUGGUGCGCGAUUCGCGGGACGUAUGCUGACGUGCCGUUUAUCUCAGAUGCGGCGUACAUGCAGAUCCCGUCCAUUCCCUGCCCCAAUCUCCUCCUUUCUCUCCCCCCCUCUCUCCCCCUUCCUCCUCCCCGCUAUAAACUUCUGCCUCCCCCUCCGCUCCCCCCUCCACCCAUCCGCUCUCUUUCUAAAUAUCCUUCCGUUCUCUCGUCCCUGUUAUUGCCGAAUUUCCAUCUUCUCCUAACCUCCCAGGCGCUUACCUUCUCCCCUUCUCCCCCGGCCUCGUUCCUUUCCGAUUCCUAUAUUCCUUGUCAGGCUUCUCCUCUCCCUUGCUGCUCUUUGUAA